CGAUGAACCUUCGCGAUGGCUGAGGAGGGGGAAGACGAUGAUGACGAUGUUGAAACCCCUGCACCUCGCAGUGAGGUAGUGGAGGUGACCAUAAGACAUCGUGAGAACUACCGAACUCUGGGCAGUGACUCGGAAAGCGAAUCCGAUGGUAUUCUCAGGCCGAAGACGCCGGAGGCCGUGAACAAACUCAUGCUGCAGAUGGCCGUGUUAAACGAAAGGUUGAAAGACCUUGACCUGGAUAGUGGAGAGGAAGACCAAGUGGAGGUCCCAGGCUGUCUUGGAACCAAAGAAGACAGGACAUACCUGGCGGGCAUGCUGCGUCGCUUCGCGCGCGACGACCUGGCGGACCGGGGCGAUGGAGUGGAGGCGGCGGUGUGCAUGCACGUUCAAACGGUGCCAAUGUGGAAGAAGUGGCUGUACUGCUUUGCAACUUGCGGGCUAUGGAUAUUUUUGCGCCCACACGACGAUACUGGUGUGCUGAUCUUGACGAAGAAAGGCCGCGUGAUCACGUAUGGAAAGAGCCAGCAAGCGCAUCCUAAUAGUGUGGGCGGCUUCCUCUUCAAGACCUUGCUGAUUGCACUGGUUUUCUGCCUGGCGGUGACCCUGUUCAACAUCAGCCUCCAAGGUUCGGGAGUGCAAGUGCUGUAUUGGAUGGAUCAGAUCGAUUUUCGCUCAGCCUGCAUUGUGACGGGGGUCGUGGCGCUGCUGCUGCUGGCGCUCUAUUUGUAUUCCAAUCGGCCUCGUCCCGACUGUGGUUCUUCCUACCGUCAGCACUUCGCAGUGAACGAUCUUUGUGCCGCUGUCUAUGCGCGAGAGGAUGUUGGAGGCUGCUGUGCUCGGCGGAAGUCCGGCAAGUUGAAACUGUGCUUCACCAAGUUCUACCCCGAUGAAGUGAGUUUCGCUACAGGACUACCCCCUUCUGCUCCGAACGCCAACACAGUUGGUCCAGUGGCAGCUCUGCCAUCGGCGAUGGCAGGUGAUUCUGCAGCGAUUUUGCAGGAGAAGUCGAGGAAUGCUGAAGAGCAGAUCCGACAAAGUGGUGGGGCCAGUGCCAUCGGGCAAAGGACUGCUACAUUUCUGGCGAUACUGAGCACUCUGGCCGCUCUGUAUGAUUACCUGUCGAUGCUGAACUACUCCGUCCACUUGACGCCGGUUUGCCUGUUCAAAGUGAAGGGUUGCUCAUGGAAGAUCCCCAACUCGAAGUUCCAUGGGAAGAAGAGUCGCAUCGAGGGUGCCCUACUUCCCUGGGAUCCUGCGGCUGCGAACUGUGAUUCCGACAACAACUUCUGCGACUUCUACCUCCAGCCCUCCGACUUCUGCAGUCCUGAGAAUCGCGAGUAUGUCAAGGAGUCUGUGACCUUAACGUGCGAGAAGUUGCCAAGUUUCUUUGCGUCCCUCAAGCCAGAGCACUUGUUCGAGGGUGGAAUCUCAAAGCAGGAUGUGAAGUAUGUCGUGCAGAAGGGCUUUGAUGUGGAGGGUGUGCCUACCCCAAGAAAUCCCUUUGGCGGAAACGUCCACAUUAUGACGGGCCUGGUGCUCAAGAGGAUUGGUAGCCACGGCUCCUACGCCAAUGCGCAACUCGCCAAGCGCUUGAAGAUCGACUUCAAUCAGGUGCAAGCGGAAUGUGAAUCUGGCCCGACGGCUGCGCUGCCCAUAGACCUCGAAGAGGAGCCAGAAGUGGAGCCGCUCUAUGGCGACGACUGUGAUCAGCUCCAAUCCUCGUGUUUGGCUGAGACCUGGAGCCCCGAAACCAUCGGCUGGUGGCCGCCCAAUCGCUUGAUCGAUCUGCGCUUCGAGCGCGCGGUGUGCAUGUAUGCCUCGAUGCCGGUUUGGAUCACCAAUCGCGGCAAGCGCAUCUGGAGAGAACAUGCAGGAAAGGACUUGAAGGGCCAUGGUUUCGGCUGCCAUGGAGAACCUCUGAAACAAGAAAUGGUGCAGACCUUGACUCAGUGCCACCAGUUGUGUGAGGUGACCGGUGGCUGCAACUAUGCCUUCUAUGGCCAGAACGGCACUGCAAGCUGCGUUCUCUACUCGCAGUGUCCGGAGCGUCAAGUGCAGGCUCAAAGUGUUGAAGAAGACUCCGAGUUCGUUCGCGUUACCUGUGGCGAGGAGAUCCCGCCCUAUGAGCAGGGAGCUUUGAGGACUCUGUAUCUCAGGCCGGCGACGGGCACGGACCGCAGCGCGAUGGUCAAGAACUGUCGGCAGGACUGCCGCAAUCAGACAGGCGUCUUGGUGCAGUGCAACGCCUUCGCCAUCCUGCACUCGCUGGACGGGCUGACCCACUCGGCCGAUCAAAGCUGCGUGAUCUUUGGGCCGUCUGGCUUGAGGAUGGGCGGGGACCCUGGGGCUGGCGAAUGGAAGAAGAUUCCCGUGAAGGUGGGCAAAGUCGUUGGCAUCCCCGACGUGGUGGGCUUCGAAGGCAGUUGCUUCGCGCGGCACCUCGCCAGACCCGACAGGAAGCACAUGGGAGUUUCUGGAUCACUUUGGGAGCAUUCUGCCGUCAAGGACUGCUCAGGUUGCUUUUCGAGAGGCGUGUCCUCUUAUUACUUAGAGUUUCCGAAUCUUGUGACCUUGUUCACUCAGAUCAUAGGCGUCUUCGCCUUCCUGGAGGUGGUCCGGCGGCGCCGCGACGCCGCGCCCACGCGGGUGGCCUUCAGCGGGAAGCCGGAGAUUGUGAUGGCCUUCUUGCAUUUUCUGAAGUCUUGUUGGGCUCUCCGGGAACGACACGAAACGACGGCCAAAGAUGUCUUUGAGAUGUCCUCCGAUGAGGAGGAGGAAGGAGAAACGGUAGCCUUCAGGGAUCAGCUGACGAUGGAGACGGUGGAAUGUCAGGAUUUCGACACUUACGACCUGGUCGACAGCUCCAGAAACCACUGCUACGUGGACAAAAGACUUCUGGGCAUCGAGCACGAGAAGAUCACCGCUGUGUGGAAUGAAACGCAAAGACAUAGCUUUGUGGGCCUGUUCUUCAUUGUCUUGACCUAUGCUGUGUCGAUGCUUCUGCUUGAAUGGCUGGUUCCAGAUCUGGUGGUGAUCUCACUCUUCAGGUUGUUCUUCCAGGUUCUAGUGCCAGGGCUCUUCCUAGUCCACGCCUAUUUCAAACUGCGCAGCGAGCUGCAAUGCCUCUGCGUUUCUGCGGAUUCAGGACGCGUGGUCCAGCUCUCACGGAACCCACCAAGUGGCUUGGGCUUGCUCUGUCCGCACUUCUACGGCGGCACGGACGUGCGUCUGGACAACUUCAUGGUGGGCAAGGCGAUUUAUGUACAGCUUGACAUGCCGCUGAAACCUCUUUGGGCUGACUAUUUACGGUCUGGUUGUGGUCGACCCUGGCGCCGCGGGGUGGUCACCGUCCGAGGAGAUCACGGUUUGCUGCAGAUUCGUCGCACCAAUGGGGAGGCGACUGUACCAUACAAGGCCAUGGCGCAACUCAUCGAAUCCAAGAAGUCCAGGGGCCUAAAGGUGGCCUGCCUGGGAACUGCAGAGAUCUUUGGGAUCUCCAUGAAACGAGACUUGCUCUUGGAUGAAGAGGAAUUGAUCUGGGAGUGGAAGUUGAAUGAGGUGGGCCAUUUCACGGAUCCUUUCAACUACACCUCCCUGUUGGCCAUCACCGACACGCGGCUCCACAUCGCUCGAGCGCGAUCUCCCAAGCCCAUGAGCCUGCGGGGAUUGUUGCUGGGUCCACGAACCUUCGGAUUCCGAUGCAUGCAUCUUCAGGAGUUUAUGGGACAUCAUGCGGGGCUGACCAUCACCAGCUUGGCGCAUCGCAGUUUGGAGAGCUAUGCCACCACGCGCUCGCGCGCGCCACCCUUCUGGCCUGGCUUUGGACCUCCCAUCGACGGCUUUGGCUUUGUUUUUAUGCCAAAGUUUUCGCAGAUGCGCUCUCCGUGA